AAGCCACUGUGCCCGUCCGGUAAUGCUUCUUAACAAGAAACUUGCUCCCUCUCUUAUUUGAAAUUUAGAGGAGGCAAAUGAACAAACUUCAAAGCAAAACCAGCAUGUUGAAAGAAAAUCUAAACUUUGUCCUUGGAAUCACUACUGAGGUUGUUGAUAGUCUUUUGGGGGCACACACUUCCUUGAAACCCAAAUGAAAUGAUGUUGGGCAAGAUGCUGUUUAUCCUAGGUAUAGGGUCACAUAGUCAGACAAGGUGUACAUUUGCAUAGAAAUAUCUUUGCUGUGACAAUAACAGAGCAUCUUCAGUUAAGAAGAACACACUUGGAGGAUGUUGUAAAAAACCUGGAGGUAUCAGUAAGAGACAAUCCAGCCUUUCAGGAUAAAAAGAAAUGUAAGCGUAAUGUGUGGCCACUUUUGUGAUGUGGAAAGAUUUUUAUUAUUGUAUAAGCUUACAGAGGUUUGAUCGGAAACAAAGAUGGAAACGGGCAUGGAAGAAGGCUAUUUCUUCUUGAUUCUUGUUUUCCAUUCGCCACCAUUGGCAAGACUAUCUACUACGCGUAGGCAUGGGAACCAGUUAAAGAAAGUGUCAAUUCACUAGAGCGAAGCUGAGAACUCAGUGGCCUUUGUCUGUGGUGAAUGUAUCCGGAAAGGCAAAGAAGAGAGAGAUUCUCCUGUGGGGCUUCCAAUCUCCAUGGCGGUAGGUGCUGACAGCUUCAGAAAAGUACUAACAGGGCAAAGAGAAAAGAGCCCUGAAGUGCCCAGCUACAGUGCUCUUACAAGAUGAAAAGGGCACGGGGUUUAGAUCUGAGCUUCAUCGUCUUUCACUAAGAUUUGAGCUGGGAAAUCCAUUGGGCUAUUGAAUCACAGAUGCUAAAAGUGAUAAGGGCUGCAUGUUCUGCCUUGAUCUUUUCAAGACUGAAUUUGGAGACUAAAGGUGGAGCUAGGGGAAAAUGAGUUUAAUGUGAAGUAGUGCCCCUGUCAGUUCUGUUUGUCUUGGGAAAUACACAAGGAAGAAAAGCCUCCGUGGAAGACAGAGGAAGCACCAGGUGCUGAAGGUUUUCACUGAAAACCCAAACCAAGAAAUAGCAACACGUCUAGAAUUCUUACGACUACAAAACUCGCCUGUAUACUCUAAGGACACAGGAAAGAAUGAGCUAUUACGGUAGCAGCUAUCAUAUCGUAAAUGUGGACGCAAAAUACCCAGGCUACCCACCAGAGCACAUUAUAGCUGAGAAGAGAAGAGCAAGAAGACGAUUGCUUCACAAAGAUGGCAGCUGUAAUGUCUACUUCAAGCACAUUUUUGGAGAAUGGGGAAGCUAUGUGGUCGACAUUUUCACCACUCUCGUGGACACCAAGUGGCGCCAUAUGUUUGUGAUAUUUUCUUUAUCUUAUAUUCUCUCCUGGUUGAUAUUUGGCUCUGUCUUUUGGCUCAUAGCCCUUCAACAUGGUGAUCUAUUAAAUGAUCCAGACAUCACGCCUUGCGUUGACAACGUCCAUUCUUUCACAGGGGCCUUUUUGUUCUCCCUUGAGACCCAAACCACCAUAGGAUACGGUUAUCGCUGUGUUACUGAAGAAUGCUCUGCGGCAGUGCUCAUGGUGAUCCUCCAGUCCAUCUUAAGUUGCAUCAUAAACACCUUUAUCAUUGGAGCUGCCUUGGCCAAAAUGGCAACUGCUCGAAAGAGAGCCCAAACCAUUCGUUUCAGCUACUUUGCACUGAUAGGCAUGAGGGAUGGGAAGCUUUGUCUCAUGUGGCGCAUUGGUGAUUUUCGGCCAAACCACGUGGUAGAAGGAACAGUUAGAGCCCAACUUCUUCGCUACACAGAAGAUAGUGAAGGGAGGAUGAAGAUGGCAUUUAAAGACCUCAAGUUAGUCAAUGACCAGAUUAUCCUGGUCACUCCGGUAACUAUUGUCCAUGAAAUUGACCAUGAGAGCCCUCUGUAUGCCCUUGACCGCAAAGCAGUAGCCAAAGAUAACUUCGAGAUUUUGGUGACAUUUAUCUACACUGGUGAUUCCACUGGAACAUCUCACCAAUCUAGAAGCUCCUAUGUUCCCCGAGAAAUUCUCUGGGGCCAUAGGUUUAAUGAUGUCUUGGAAGUUAAGAGGAAGUAUUAUAAAGUGAACUGCUUACAGUUUGAAGGAAGUGUGGAAGUCUACGCCCCCUUUUGCAGUGCCAAGCAACUGGACUGGAAAGACCAGCAGCUCCACAUAGAAAAAGCACCACCAGUUCGAGGAUCCUGCACAUCAGACACCAAGGCAAGACGAAGGUCAUUUAGCGCAGUUGCCAUUGUCAGCAGCUGUGAAAACCCUGAGGAAACCACCACAUCUGCCACACAUGAGUACAGGGAACCACCUUAUCAGAAAGCUCUCCUGACUUUAAACAGAAUCUCCGUAGAAUCCCAAAUGUAGUUCUAAAUUGUGAUUAUGAAGGCGACCACUAGAUCAUUUUAUCUUCCAGCCAGUCACCAUAGGCAAGCCAUUGUAAAUGUGGCUUUUUUUUUAAAUGUGUUAUAGCUAUGUUUUAUGACGAUGCUGGGUAAGUAGAGUAAGUUAAACUUGGUAAAAGAUAAUCUAAAAAUUCCAUAGCUCUCAAUUAUUAAAAUUUUUCUGUUUAGCCAAUUUUGCAUUAAGAAUGCUAUUAAGAAGCCUAAUUGAUUAAAAUUUAUCUUUUUUAUCUUAUAUACUUGUACCUUCAGUUGGAGGUGUAGUAUUCAAAAAUGGGGAAUGAAGGCAGGAAGGAGGCUGGAAUAAAUAAAAAUAAAAUGACAAGUAAACCAGCAUAAAUAAUACAUGUUUAACUAUGUCAGCAUUGAUAAUGCUAUGAAGAUUUCCUACAAAAAGUAUCAUAUCUAACCAAGAUAUGCAAAAGAUGCAUUCAGUAAGCUGUAAUGUUGAGACACAUAGCUGUGAAAUCAGCUUACCAGUUCAAGUCACCAGGUUCGCCUCUUGGACUGUCUUGGUUUCAGCAAGCAUAGCUAGUGGCUGCAAUAAAUUGUCCAUGCCUCCAAUUCCACUGCCACUUGCCAGUUAGUGAUCAAUGGGUGCUAGAAGCUAUGUUUUCUCUAACCGAUGAGGCAGAAGAAAAGUUGACAGUAUUUAGAGCAGCAUUUCUCUUUUAAAUUCCCUGGUUGAUUCCAACAAAUGGAGAGCAGAAACAAGGCAACCAUGACUUUUCCAGGUUCUCUGAGAAGGGGAAUUUCUAUGUUCAUGUCCCACUUUCUUCCAGGACAUGACCAAGGGACAAGAUCAUACAGAUGAUGUGAGGCGAUGGUUAGCAGUGAUAAACAGUCUCAGACCCUUGGAGAGAAACUGUUGCUAGUUUGCUGGUCCCAAAAAAUUGCAACUUUGGCUACUACAUAAAGGAUAGAAACUUUUUGGGGGGAAGGUGGAGAGGGAGAUAUUUAUUUGUGCCCAUAAGCAGUUAUGUAUGCUUCCUGUCUUGGUUACCGUAUGAGAAAAAAAGGACUCGAGUUGUGGAUUGCAAGAAACUCUUCUAUUGAACUUGGAACAACUACAUGAAGGAUUUUGUAAGAUAGAAUUUAAUUAAAGUGAUUUUAAUGCACAAUAAGUGGAUAAUCUGAGUACAAUGAAGUUUCUUAAAUUUUAGAACGUAAGUUUGUAUCCUCUAUUUUCAUGUUAAAAGAUGUUAAUCAUGAUUACUAAGCCCACAUCCACUGGCCUAUGAGUAAAGAGUCACUUUAAACUUUAUAAAUCAAAGAGAUAUUACGUAUAUUUAGGGACAUUCAGAAUUAUUUGUAUUUUGUUUCUGUUUUACGUUGUUGCUGCACUGGCAAUUAGUACGUGCCACAGUUUUAAUUUGUUUAUUUUAUUUAAGUACACGCACCCAGACACAUACACACGGUUUUUGCUUUUUUCUGGAAAAUACUUCUUUUUCUCUCUCUCCAUUUAAAUUAAAACACACAAAUAAAUGAACUGAAUUACAUAGUUCAAGAUUAUAAAUAAAAGUAAAAUAUAUAGGUACAGGUAUGUAGAGUGCAUUUCUGUUUUGUUUUGUUUCGUUUUUCCUUCCUUUCUUCCCUCCUUCCCUCCUCCCCUCAUCCUUCCCUUUUUCCUUCCUUUCCCUUUUUUUUUUUUGGCCUGGGAGUAAUAAAGUUACUUUUUAAAUGCACAUGUGCAAUCUUUCAUUCCUCUUGUUUUAUGGGUAAGAGAUUUGUUCAGGUCAAAUGUUGCAAAACUCUUCUGAAGCUUAAUAUUAGAAACCCAAAUAAUGAUCGUUUUUAGUCUUGUUUGAAGAAUGUAAACUGCAUUUAAAAAAUUACGCACACUGUAGAUUUGGAUUUUACAGCAGCAAUUACUUGGCUAAAUAAGAGUACUACAAUAUUAUAAGUAGCAAAUAGCCUCCAAGACAAUAAACAAAAAUGCUUUAAAACUUUUUCAGUCUGUUUUACCUACAUCUAGUUUCAUUUUGCCUUGCCUUGUUGACUCUGCUACCACUGACGUUUGCCUUGUCAAUAUCAGAAUGAGGCAUCAGUGCCCCGUGAAAUACAUUUUGUUGUGCUAUGAGCCUCUAUACUCAAACGCUUGUACUUGGAAGAGAAUGUAAAGUCGGCAUUUCUAUGUAAUAUUUAUCUCUAAUUUUCUGCGUAAUUUUAUAAUAUACUUUGAUACCCCCAAUGAGUUACUUAAUAAUAAAGAUCUUAAAAUAAUGCA